AUGCCAUCCAAGUAUCAACCCGUCUCAAGCGAAGACGUUGAGUUAGAGUCGCAUUUCGAUGCACCUCUGCUUGAUCUGGAGCCGCUCGAAGAUGACGCAUUAAACGACAACGAGACUUUCCAUUCUCGUACCGUACCAGUUCCUAACUAUCGACUCUCGAGAUGGGGUGUUCACUCGCCGAAACGGAUUGUUAUCUUGGUCUCGUUCCUCAAAUUCGCGGUUAUUUUCAGCGGCAUGUUGUUGCUUUUACCCACGGCGCGGCUUGUUGAGGAUAUGUUUUGCCAUAUUCACUACAAAGAUACUUCUGCCGACAUCAUUGAUGAGAUGAAAUGUAAGGUGGAUGAGGUACAGUCUCAACUAGGAUACUUAUAUGGAUGGAACAGCCUUAUCACUUCCCUUAUUGGCCUUGUCGUGGCCUUCCCUUAUGGGAUGAUGUCUGACAAGAUUGGCCGUAAGCCAACUGUCUUAUUCUCAUGGGCUGGCAUCGCCGUGUGCUUCCUCUUUGCACCCUUCAGUAUCAAAGCCUUCCAAGGCGAGCUUCGCGAAAAGCCUUAUCUCUUGAUCAUGGGCGGCUUCUUCCAGAUAUUUGGCGGUGGUGUUCCAGUCAUGCUUUCUACUCUCUAUUCCAUCGCAGCUGAUGUAAGCUCGGAAGAAGACAAAGCAAAGCACUUUCUAUGGCUUACGUUUGGUGCGACUUCUGGAGGUAUCGUUGGGCCAGUCAUUGCUGGCAUUCUCAUGAACAAGUACGGCCCUUGGCUGCCCAUAUACCUCGUUCUUCUCAUGGUUCCCAUCAUCGUGGGCAUCCUCUUCUUCCUCCCUGAAACCUUGACGGUCAACCUUAAGAAUAAGAAAGCCCAGGGUGGUAAAACUGCCCCAACCACGUUCAAAGAGCACAUGUUUCACGGGCUCCAUGAUCUCAAACAGUCACUCAAAAUCCUCAAAGAUCCCAGCGUUGCUAUGAUCAUGGUGACAUUUUUCGUUCAGGACGCGAGGUACACCGCUUACACGACCACCAUGAGCCAGUACAUCAGCAAACACUUCAAGUGGAAGAUGGCUGAAGUGAGCCUGAUUCUCUCUCCUCUGGGCAUCCUUAACCUUAUUAUCCUGGCUGGCUUGCCGAGGGUUUCGGCGAUUCUCAUAUCCCCUCGAUUUCGAAUGACUGCUUUUGGUAAAGACUUGUUUCUGACGCGAAUUUCAACUGGAAUCCUCGUCCUUGGGUCUUUCUGGCAAGGGCUCAGCCACAAUGUUGUCAUGUUCUUCCUUGGUCUGUUUAUCGGAACAUUUGGCGCAGCAGACAGCCCUCUGGCGCGCGCAACCGUCACGCACUAUGUUCAGCCCGAGUUUACUGCUCGAUUGUAUGCUCUGAUAACCAUGAUUCAGGUGGUAGGAUCAUUUAUUGGAGGACCGGUUUUGGCAUGGUUCUUCGAUCAAGGUCUGAAAAAGAAAGGCCUAUGGAUGGGUUUGCCUUGGUUUUAUGUUUCGUUUCUCUGUUCUCUUGCGUGGAUCGCGCUGUUCUUUGUUAAGCCGCCCAAGAAGCGCUCAAGAGAAGAGUCAACGGAUAAUGAAGGGUACGAAACAGACGAUUAUAUGCCUGACGACCCCCUUCGGCUCCGGUAG